UUGUUCUACCCUGUAUUGUUUGUAUUAGAUGUUUGGUGGUGUCGUUUAAGUUUAGUUUUGCUGUUCUUGUUUUCAUUUUGCCCCCUCGUGGGAAGUCUUUGUUUUCUGUUUGUUUCUUAGUUUAGUUCCUGAUUUAUACCCCCUCGUGGGUUUUUGUUUUGUGUUUUUUGUAAAAUAAAGUCAUUUGUUAACCCCUUCAUCCCCGCUGCCUGCAAUUGGGUUCUUUCCUGCGUUUUCGUGACAGAAUGACCGACCCCAAUCAGAACCCAGCGGGCAGCAAGAUGAACGGCACGGCGUCCUCCUCACGGUCCGCUCAAGCCCGCUUGCUGCUAGGUUUCCGCCAGGGGAACUACAGGAAUCGGGAGUUCGCCGGGGCAUUCUCGGCGGUGGCUGAGACGGCUGAGUUCAACGAGGCAGAGUUGAAGACGAUCUUCAACUGCUGCCUCACUCAGCGCCUCACCCCGUCUGAGAAGAGGCUGCUGGGUCCCCUAGGGUUCGCGGCAAUGGUCAGGUUCGUGGCCAACCGGGACGAUCCCGGGGGUGGGGUUCCACGUGGGACUUCCACCUCGCGGUCGAUCACGCCGGAGGGCCUCGACCUGACUGCUGCUGCCCGGGGGGACUCGGUACCCUCCGGCUUGAGCUCCACGGUCCCCGUUCACUCUGGUGGCGCCGGGAGCGAGCGGGAGGGAGGGGAUCCGGGGAUGACGUCGGCUGAUUCCUCCGCUGCGGAACUCCCUCCGGUCCCCACGGAUUCGCCAAGGUCUAUGGAUCCGGUGGUGUGGAGAAGGAGGGAGAGGCGCAGCGGAGGAGCGCCCAGUCCGGUGCAGCCGGCAUCCAGUCCGGUGCUGCCGGCGUCCGGUCCGGUGGUGCUGCCGGCGUCCAUUCCGGUGGUGCUGCCGAUGUCCUGUCCAGCGUCCAGUCCGGUGCAGCCGGCGUCCAGUCCGGUGCAGCCGGCGUCCUGUCCAGUGUCCAGCCCGGUGCAGCCGGCGUCCAGCCCGAUGCAGCCGGCGUCCAGUCUUGUGUCUAGUCUUGUGUCCAGUCAUGUGUCUACUCUUGUGUCCAGUCCGGUGGUCCAGCCGGCGUCGAGUCCGGUGGUCCAGCCGGUGUCCAGUCCGGUGAUCCAGCCGGCCUUCCAGCCGGCGUCAAGCCCUGCCCAGCCGGCCUUCCAGCCGGCGUCAAGCCAGUUCCAGCCGGCCUCCAGUCCGGCAGCCAGGCCGAUCCCUGGGAAACCCCCAGGGCCAAAGGCUGUCCCCCCCAGGACUCCCCCUAAGUCCCCCAGGACUCCGCGCCCUCGAGCGCAGCCGGGGACUGGGACUGUUCCCCUUCUCCCCUCCCCCAUGGACUGCCUCCUAUGGGCCCUGGUUUUGCCCCUCCCCCCCUCCCUUGUUUAUUUUUGUUAAGUCACCCCAAUCCCUUAGUCUUGUUGUCUUGUCUGCCCCUUGUCUUGUUCACCAUGUUUGUCUGGUUUUUGUCACUGUCUCAGUCGGUCUUGUCUCGUCCGUCUACCCCUUGGUGAGCACCUGGAGGUGCUCAUUAAAGGGGGGGCUUCUGUCAUGGCUCUGCUUCAUUUAGUCAUGUUUUUCUUGGUCCUGUAGCAGAGUCAUGACAAAGCCUUUGGUUAUGUGUGGAGAGAAACAUAUUGUUGUCCUUUUGACAAUAAUAUACGUUCUCUCCAGUGUCUCGUCUCUGUUCCCGCCAUCUCGUUUCCUCGUUAUCUUUCCCUGAGUGUUUAAUUACCCACACUGCCCCGUGUCGUUAUCCUUUGUCUGUCUUCCCUAUAUAAUACCCUCAUGUUUCAUUGUCCUGUGUCAGUCAUUACGUAUGUUAUGUGCUGCUUCGUGUCAUCGUCUUGCCUUGUCCUGUCAUCUGUUCCUCAAGAGUGAGUUUGUUUGUUCUACCCUGUAUUGUUUGUAUUAGAUGUUUGGUGGUGUCGUUUAAGUUUAGUUUUGCUUUUCUUGUUUUCAUUUUGCCACCUCGUGGGAAGUCUUUGUUUUCUGUUUGUUUCUUAGUUUAGUUCCUGAUUUAUACCCCCUCGUGGGUUUUUGUUUUGUGUUUUUUGUAAAAUAAAGUCAUUUGUUAACCCCUUCAUCCCCGCUGCCUGCAAUUGGGUUCUUUCCUGCGUUUUCGUGACGUGACAGUACAGUACAGUUAAAUGUGCUUAUAACAUUACUUCCAAUUUUGUGUGGACUUUACUCACUUUUGGUGCUCG